UGGAAGGAACGGACGGACGGACGUGCGACGGCCAAGCUUUGAUUUCACCACACCAUUGAAUAAUAAUAAUAAUCAGAGACAAUUUUAGACACAUUAUCACAAAUUGAAUAACAACCCGAAAAAUCCCUAUUGUUAUUGCCACAAUUUCACCCUGUAAUUCGACAACUCGCCAGUGUCCCUCACUUCUCUUUUGCUUGUUUUGUUAUCCAGGCUGACGAUUUGUUGUUGAGUAAGAUUUAGCUCAGAGUAACAUUUUGUUUUUUGGGAUGGAAAUAUAACGCAAACUAGCACCUAGCCAGAGUGACGACUUUCGAUUCUUUGACUUUCACCAACUUUUUCCCCGUGUGUGUGUUUGAUGUUUUAGGUUGUAGCUCAUCCGCAUUGUCCUAUUCCAUCCAGCCAAGUUCAUCCGUUUUCUCUUUUUCAAAUUUUGUUCUGAUUUCAUCCAGCACGGCGUUCCAUUUCGACUAGCCCCACGCAUCACCCCAUUCGUGUCAAACCAUUGGCUGUGCGCCAAUUGAGUCAAAUGAAGUCCAAUUAUUAUUAUUAUUGUUAUUAAACAAGUGAACAACCCCCCUUCAGUGUGUCUGCACGGCCCUACAUCAUCUAUAUGGUCGUCCGUCCUUGUUUCCGUCCUGUUUGCGGCCUGUCCCGCCGCCGUUGUGACGACGUGGUCCCAAUACCAAACAGGAAAUAAAGGCCAGCAACGAAGAAUAAACCCAUCAGGAUCGAAGAGGAGGAAACAUCAGGAGGAGCCAUUGUAGCAGCUGCAGCAUCAGCAGGAAUUCCGCCGCGGCCGAAAUGCUCUGCAAAGUGUCGACGGGCAGCUGCCGAGAUCGUCGGCCCAGCAUCACUGCCACCACCAACAACAACAUGUUGGCCACUAUUGUCGUCGUGGUGUUGAUGGGCGUUUGCUGGCCGGAGCAAGUGGCCGCCGCCCAACUGCACCACCACCAAACAUCUGCCGGAUCUUAUCCGUCCAGCUACAACCUCAACAAGAAUUUGAAUUACAACGACCAAAAGUACAACCAACAACAUCCGCAUCGACACCAGCACCACCUCACCGAUCGACAGCAGCCGACGCCGUCCAGCACGACCACCACCGGCUAUCCGGAAGCGGCCGGCGACGGGAUGGAUUACGAGAACGAAGACAAUUCCGACGGACACGGCAACAAUUUCGUCAACGACGCCAGCAGCCGUGCUGAUGGCUCCUUGUCUUCCGGCGCUGGCGGAUCGUCAUCGUCCGGCUCUUUGAUGGGCCUCCUGCCCGAGCCGGGCUCCUACAUCCCGUCCAAUUGCACGUCGUGCAUCCAGCGCGAGGAGCUGCGCCGCCGCAACUUGGAGGUCAUCAAGGACCAAAUUCUGAGCAAACUGGGCAUGCAGCGGGCGCCCAACAUGACGGGCCGUCUUCCGCCGCGCAUUCCGCCGCUGGAUCACCUCCUGGAUCUCUACGGAAUGCAGGGCGAUGCCCCGCCGGCGGGUGGUCACAGCCGUGGCGGCCACAACAGCCACCACCACCACCAGCAGAGCGACCAGGCCUUUCAAACGGGACCCGUUUACGACGAGGAGGAGGACGAUUUUCACGCCCGCACCGAAAAGGUCAUCGCCUUCUCCCAGCACCUGCCGCACGUGAGACAGGCCCUGAAGCGGACCGAGUCGACGACCACCAAAGGCAUGGAGUCGAUUUACUUUAAAUUCUCCGACAAGGUGACGCGCAGCAGCAAAGUCGACAAGGCCCACCUGUGGCUCUACAUCCAGAAUCAGUUGCCCGGCACGUCGCCAUCGUCGCAGCCCAUCGUCCAGUCGCCCGGCAGCAACAGUCACCACCACCAACAGGCCCAGGUCAUUAGCAAAACGGCCAGCGCAGCCAAUAACGCCAGCACCGUCUGGAUUUACAUUUACAAAGUCGUCCGCGUUCCCGACGGUGAGUCGCCCGUCCUCAAUCCCGUCCGCAUGACCCGCGUCGCUUUACCGCCGCUCCUGGAACUCGUCGACAAGGUACCCGCCACCGGCAAACACAACAUCAACAACAACCAACAACAGCAGAGCGGCGGAUGGGUCUCGUUUGAGGUCCGCAAAGUCGUAGCCGAUUGGUUCCGGUGGCCGGAAGACAAUCUGGGCCUGGUCGUCCACGCUGUCCACGGCGACCACGGACCUCCGCCGUCCUUUACCGUCGGUGGCCCGUCCACUCCGCCGCCGCAACCGUCGCCAUCCAGCGCUGGCAAGCCCGUCCCGUUUAUCGUCAACGAUCACCUCCACGCCGACGGAGCCCUGAUGCCAUUUGUGGAGGUGGUGACGACAGACGGGCGUAAGCAGCGGACCAAACGGACGAUCGGAUUGAACUGCGACGAGACGUCGUCGGAGACGCGCUGCUGCCGCUACCCGUUGACGGUUGACUUUGUCGAGUUCGGCUGGGACUGGAUCAUCGCCCCCAAAAAGUACGAGGCCAAUUAUUGCUCGGGCGAGUGUCCCUACGUCUUUUUGCAAAAGUAUCCGCACACGCACAUCGUGCAACAGGCCAAUCCGGCGGGCACGGCCGGCCCGUGCUGCGCCCCACGCAAAAUGUCGCCCAUCUCCAUGCUCUACUUUGACAACGAGUUUAACAUCAUUCACGGCAAUUUGCCCGGCAUGGUCGUCGACCGAUGCGGUUGCUCUUAAAAAAAAGAAAUGGCUCCGGCUUCCGGCCGUCCGUCCAGCCAGCCGGAAAAUAAUAAAAAAAAAGGUAGAAGGAAGGACUUGGAUCAUUUGGACGAAAUGAUUGACUGACGUCCUUCCAGCCAAGGAUGAAUUUAUAGGAGCGCAGUUGAGUUUAUUAUAUCUAAUAUCUAUUUCCACGACACACUCUUCUUCUUCUUCUUUAAUUUUUAAUUCCCCCCUCAAAUCCAAUCCAGAUUUUGUGUACAUAGCAACCGAACCUGUUUUAUCCCUCUGUUUCGCCGGCAAUGACGUGACCCGUUAAACUUUCUUUUUCAAAAAAUGCAACACCCGAAAAUGUUGUAAGUUGUCAGUGCAGCAUUUUCUAUUUUGAUUCUUUUCCUGAUUUUGUCGUCGUCCCGAACAACACACGCAAGUCGUCGACACCUCUUGCCCGCGACACCUUCCCCCAAUUGGAAAUGAUUUCCCCCCUCUCAUUUCUAUUUUUAAGUUUUUCUCUCUCAUCUCUUCCCCAGCAGCCGAGAGAGAGAAAAAGAAAACAAGAAGAGGAACUGGUUCUGCGCUGGUCGAAAUAUAUUAAUAAGAAUAACAAUCAGAAUAUCAACUCGUCAAUCAAAGCCACACACAAUUUGAGACCAAAAAAGUCACGACAACAAACCAGAAGAGAAAACCAGUUGGAUAUUUUGGAACCCAAAAAGAAGAAGAAAGAAAGAAGAAGAACGGUAUACGUUUUGGUUGUUUUCGACACACGAGAAUGGGAGUCCGUCAGCAGCAGCAGCAGGAGCGACGAAUAAGGAAAUGAUAAUGAAUUGACGAUGGGCAUCUCCACAGUUAAAGAAGAAGAAGAACAAGUCCGGGGAGGAAUAACCUCGCCUAGCUUGUUGUCCAGCAACUGACAAUUUGAAAUUCGAAUUUCGCCCAGCGCAGCUUCAGGCAAGGACGUCUGAAUAAAUUUUCCUUUUAUAUAAUUCCAGCUCCUCUAUCCAUCCAUCUAUCGCUAUAAAUAAUAUCUACCAACAACACUGUUGCUGCUGCUGCUGCUCGUAUUUGUCUAUACACUUAUUAUUCUUCUUGUAGAAAUCAUUUCACCAGCACGUCGUUAUAUUGCCAUCAGAUCGCCACCGCCGACCAUCAUCAUGUCCAAUCUUUCACUUUUCUUGUUUCUUUCUUCUUGGAAAAAAUUAUCGAUCAAUUUCGUCUUGGCUUAUUGUGACUUUAUUGAUUGUCCAUCCGUGCGUGUCCGUUGCUUCACUUUCAUUUUUGCGCUGCCAAAUUAUUUCCUGCCCCCUCCCAACUCGAAAUUGAUUGGGGACUGGGGGGGCGAAUGAGAAAAAAAACCGCCAAUUUUUGCGCUUUCAAAUUUCGUUUUUUCGUCUUUUGUGGUGUUGUUGUUGUUGUUGUUGUUGUUGUGUUUCCGGGUUGACAUAAUGCGGAUGUGAUAACAAGACUGUGACAUAUGUUCAUCUCUUGUGUGUGUGUGUGUGUGUGUGUGAUGUAGUCGAAGAGAAAGUGAUGUAGAGAAAAGAUGAUGAGAGAAAAGAACCAAGUUUGUGUAUGCAGUUGUGCACCACCUGCGCGUCUUUUGAUCGAGCGACGUCAUCGAUCACCGUUUUGUUCAUCAUCGUUACAUCAUCAUCGUCAGCUAAUAAUAAUAUGCAAACAAAAGAAGAAGAAGAAGAAGAAGAAUGGUAGUACACGAUGAAGGAGGGAAAGAGACGCGCACAUCCUUGUUUGACUGCAUUGUGAUACCCAGUUGAUUUUGAUUAUUCGCCCAUUUUUCGUGCUAUUCUUUUUUGGAAUUAUAUUGACCUAACCUAACACGUACUACACUCUAUUCUAGAGCGUUUAUAAAUAGAUAUUCAUUCAAGUGCGUAUUGUAGAGCCACCACCUUCAUCUUUCUUUCCCCCCCCAUCCAAACCCGAUAAAUCUGUUUGUUCGCAAUGACAUAAUGUACAGUCCGCCCCCGCACUCGUUUGCCUCUUCUUCCUUUUCAGCCCGUUUUCAUUCAUUUACUACACAUAAUUUUUGCCGGCAGACUCUUAUCUUAUCCAUUUGUUUGUUUUUUAAUUGUGUGUGCCAAUGCCAUUGAAUUGCCAACUAUUUGAUUGCCAACGACGAGCAAACCAAAUGACGAUGACGACGAUGAAAAAUAGUAAAACACCUUUUUUUUUAAUUUUGCGCGCGCGCAGAUGAUGAUGGGGAAAUGAUGAAAUUCCGAGUCGCUUUGAUUGUUGUUGUCCUGUCAGUGCAUUUAUUUACUCUGUCAAAAAAACAACUUGAAAUGAUGGAAAAACAAAAAGAAAUAAUAAAGAAAUGACAAAAAUUCGAGA